AUGCCAGGCACAGUAGCCACGCCGACGUGCGUCGACUGCAAAGAUGCAGACGGAGCCCACAAGAUCCGUCAGCGCCUUCUCUGCGCUCCAUGCUUCAAGCGAUACGUCAACUCCAAGAUCCUCAAGCGCAUGGAGUCCUACCGGAUCAAGAACCAAACCGGCACCUCCAAGCCGCGCCUGCUUCUCGCUCUCUCCGGAGGCGCCUCAUCCAUGGUGCUUCUUUCAGUGCUCGACGACCAACUCCAAAAGCAGCUAUCAAAGCAAAACCGAACCGCUUACGACCUCGUCAUCGUCCACGUUGACACCUCCCAUUCGCCAUCCAGAACGACGCCCACCUGGUACUUUGCAGCAGCCCAGCGUUUCCCGCAAUACACCUUCCUCCCACCCGUCCACAUCUCCUCCGCCUUCUCGCACGAUCACAGACUCACCUCCACCCUAUCCCACCUCGGCCUCCCCACUCCCACCACCCCCGACACCCCACAGUCAACCUACCACACCCUCCUCUCCGCCUGCACAACUCGCACGACACUCACAGACAUCGAACAGAUCGUCCUAACGCGCCUCCUCGCCGCCCUCGCCCGCACCCACACCUGCACCUCCCUCCUCCUCUCGCACAGCGACACGCGCCUCGCGUCCCAAUCCCUCUCCGCGGUCGCCAAAGGCCGCGGCGGCGCCGCACCGGGCAGCAGCGCCGACGGCUACAGCGCGGGCCACGGCGUCGAGAUGCGGUAUCCGUGCCGGGAUCUGUUCAGGGCGGAGCUGGAGCUGUUUGCUUCGUCGUUGGAGGAACGGGCGGAACUUGCGGAGGGGGAAGGCGAGGAUCCGGCGGUGGCGGCGGCGAAGGUGCCGAGUGUGAAAAGCUUGAGUAUUGAUGAGUUGUUGGCAGGGUAUAUUACUAGUCAGGGGGAGAGGUAUCCGAGUAUCAUGGCGAAUGUGGUCAGGACGGUGGGGAAGUUGCAGAGCGAGGAGCCGGGAGUGGAGGAGGGGCAAGGCAAAUGGUGUGCUUUUUGUCGGGGGGCGAUAUUGUCAGCCCAGGAAGGGGAUAGGGAAGAGCUCUGCUACGGGUGCACCAGGAUGAGACAGGAUAUCAAGAUCAGGUAA